AUGUCUACUACCUGGUUCCUGCCUGUUCUGGGCGUCGCAGUCUUGCUCCUUGGUUGGCUCUUCAAACCCUCACGAUUCCGACUGCCAGCAUACAUUCGUGGCCCUCCUCCUGAGUACUGGCUUCUUGGCAACCAACGGCAGGUCGUGAACUCAGGGGCGGGAGUCGCCAAUCGCAAGUGGCGCGACCAGUAUGGCUACGUUUAUCGGUUCCACGGGUGUUUCGGAAUCGAAUACCUGAUGCUGAAUGAUGCAAACGCUAUUCAGCAUGUGUUGCGGGGUCAGACAAUCUCUUGGGGGCUCGAGGAUUCCCUGCGUCAGUUCUUGAGACUCGUCACUGGCGAGGGCAUCAUUUAUGCCGAUGGUGCUGAUCAUGCUCGCCAAAGGCGCUUGCUCCAGCCGGCUUUCAACCCUGUGUUCAUAAAGAGCCUUGCUCCCACCUUCGCCAGUUGUUCCUCUCGAUUCGUUAAAGAAUGGAAUCGGCGGUUGGAUAAGGAAGGUAAAGAUGGAACGUGGGAUGUGAAUGCCUACCACUGGGUGGAGCUGCUCACGAUGGAGUCGAUUGGUGCCACUGCUUUCGGCCUGAAGUUUGGUGCUCUAGAAGGUGAAGAACACGAGCUAAUGAAGGCUUAUGGGGGACUCAUGGCUGACACCUUUUCUCGCCCAACCACCUUCGGUAUCCUUCUUCAGAAUCUCAUUCUACACAUUCCGCCUUGGAUCAUUUCUCAUGCCGAGAAUCUGCCGCUCGCGGCAGUGCGCAAGCUUCGAGCGGCAAAGGCAACAAGUCGUCAAUUUGCUCAAGAGCUUAUUGAGCAGAAGCGGAAGGAGAUCUCGGCUGACCCAACCAUGAAAGAUCGGGAUUUGCUGACUAUCCUUGUCAAAUCUGGGGAGAAGAACGAGAAAGGGACUGUUGAGCCUAUGCCAGACGAGAUGAUCUACAACCAAUUGACAACAAUGUUUAUUGCUGGAUUUGAGACGGCUGCGAACACGGUCUCCUUUGCCCUUUGUGAGCUCGCUCAGAGGCCAGCUGUCCAGGACCGGCUAUAUGCCGAAGUAUCUUCCGUCCUCGGCUCAGCGGCAGAUGAUGAGCUCGCUGAAGGCUUCAAUGCAAAUAACUUAGACAACAUGCCGUAUCUCGUCGCCGUCGUGAACGAAGCUCUUCGCAUGCACCCCGCCGUCAAUUACGGGUUGUUUACCGCAACAGUCGACAACGUGAUACCGCUCUCCAAACCUCUCAAGGCAGAAGACGGUAAAGAGAUCAAUUCGAUUCCCGUGCACGCCGGCCAGCGCGUGAUCCUGAGUUUCGAUGGGUUCAACCGGUCGACGGUUGUCUGGGGUCACGAUGCGAAUGUGUUCCGCCCUGAGCGCUGGCUGAUGAAUGACAUGUCCAAAGUCCCACCUGAAGACCAGUGUGGCGGACCGUAUGCCAAUGUCAGCAAUUUUGGAGGAGGUCCCAAGGCCUGCAUUGGUUGGCGUUACGCCAUGAUUGAGAUGGAAAUAUUCAUUGCCAUGAUAAUACGUCAGUUCGAAAUCAGUAUAUCGAAUCCUGACUACGAGAUGUGGAGAGAGGGAGCAUUCAUCAACACGAUUCCUAUGCAGAAAGAUCACAUCGAUCUUGGUCCACAAGUACCCAUCCGUGUCAAGCGCCGCACAGCUAAAGUGUAGAGAAGUGAAUAUGACUAGCGAAGUUCUUGCUGCAUAUGUACAUGAAUCACGAAUUUUACGACAUUA